AUGUCUCGUGCUUUUAUUAAGGCUUACUUUGAAUUAUAUUUUGUCAUAAUAGGAGGAAAAGAAACCAUCAUCCUGAACACUCAGCAGGCGGAGACAACAGAGUCUCCUGGAAAGGAAGGUGAUGAAGUGUCAGAAGAAAUAGCCGUGGAUCAGCAGAGCUCCACAGAAAUCUCCAUCCAAGAGAUUGAACCCCCCGCUGUGUCAGGUAAUGGAGGGGAGCCUCUCGUGGAGACACCAUCGGCUUCCAGCGAGGAAACAUGCCAACCAGCCGAGGAAGAGCCAGCCAGCCCUCAGACACAAACACCAGACAGUGAGGAGUGUCUUGACAUCGGCCAAUCACAGGUCACAACGGAUUUAACCAUUCAGCAGUCAAGAGAAGAGGAGUGUGUGAGUGUCUCCUCUCCAACCCAACAUCCGUCAGACCUCUGCCACAUACAGCAAACUUUAGAGAACUCUGACCCCACAGGAGAAAGUGAGGAAGAGUCAGAGAAAUGCACUGAAAAUGUUGAAACGGAGUGUAUUUUGAUACAGGAAAACAUCAAUAGCACAAUGUCACCUGCUGACGAAGAGCAGGAGGACGUCCAGUCAAACCAGGAGACAGAGCUUACAGAGGAGACAGAUGUUUGUGUAAGUCAGGAAAUGUGAAGUCUUCCACGAGCCGCUCUCGUGGUGCAGAGCAUCAGGAGAAAUCCUCAGAAACAUGAGGAUAAUUGAUACAUUUGAACAUUAUUAAUGCUACUUUAUUCAUUGUUAUGAAUAAUGAAACACACCUGAGU